AUGCUUUCGGCGAAACAUUCCUUAUGGUUUGAUGCAAAUGAAGAGCCACAAAAGCCGAAACGAGUUUACUCCAGGGGUUUCAAGCUGCGAUUGAUUGAAGAGGUUCGGAAACGGCCCUACCUCUGGGAUCCGUCCGACGAGCAAUAUGGGAAUCAAACGAUAAAUCGAAAAGCGUGGAUGGAUAUUUGCAAUGUGAUGAACACCGUUUUUCAUAAUGAUGAUCCGAUGCAUCCCCAAUUGGCACGGAAGAACUUCAAGAAUUUACGCGAUAUGUUCAAGACAAGAUGGCUUGAGUCUAAAAUGGGAAAAACCUCAGCGCAACGCUGGGACUAUUUCAUUCCGAUGAACUUUCUAGCGGAUGUUUUCGAGAAAAAUGAAGAUAACCUUGAUAUGACAACUUUCCUUAACGAACAACUUUUGAAUGGAACCGAAGAUGAUGGCACAAAUCCAUCAAAUGAGGAAAUCGAUUUGGCGAGCUUGCUUUUUAAAAGGAAUGACGAUAAAGACGAUUUAACGGUUUUCGACUAUUCAAACGAUGGAGAUGAAUUCGAUGCUAUCAAACGAAUCUCAGAGCAAUUCAAUUCACCAUCUACGUCGACUGUCGCUCCUCUAAAUAAACGAGCCAGAAUUGAUAAUCGAUUCGAUUUUGGUGAAAAGCUUUCCAAAACACCGAUAAUCACUCAACAACAAGGGAUCACCAAUGUGCUCAAAAAAGUUUCCCCAAAUCUGGAUGUGGCAGCAGCAGCUUUCCUUAAUGAUCAAGAUUUCUCGAAAGGAGUCACAUUGAAUUUUUACAGUUGUGAUCAACAAGAUGUCCAACAAACGGUCGGCCUCUUCAGCGUCGGCGCCACUCUUGACAAUCAGCAUUGUCAACAAAAUUCUGUCACUUUCGGAUCUUAUCAUUCUACAAAAGUCACGGUUGCUAAAGUUAACAUUGCUGAGUUAACACUCGGCGUUCCUGAGGAUUUGUAUAAUGAAUUUGUCACUCAAUUCAACGUUGACCCAAAAGAAAAAUUUCCACUUGUCAACUGUAAUCUCGACUUUGGCCAAUUGCAAAUGGGCAUUGGAAAUGCGACGAUGAAAUUCUCAGCCUCAAUCUACAUCGAUCGGAUCUCAAUCUCUCCGCCAACUUGUCGCCUCAUCGCUUAUCCGAUAAAAGCAAGCGGAUUUCAAAAUUCUUGGGUCUUUGGUUACUCGCUGAUCGUGGAUAAAUGUUUAUUCCUCGGUUGGGAUCGACAAGUGAUCGGAUUUGCGGAUGCGAAAACGAGCAAUUGC